UCACAAAUCCACAGUCUGUAAGUAUCACAUCCUCUGUAGCUGUAAACACUGGACUAAGGAAGGAGUAGAGACUUUCAGAAGAUGAAGACAAGUAACAAAUUCUGAUAGGACUGUAGGAGAACACAGAGUUAAAACCUCCUGGAAGUUUUGGAGAGCUUAGCUGGAACCAACGGGCUGGUCCUUGGGCACAGCAUUGGCGGCACCAUCAUGAUAUCACAACCCAUGACCAACGAGACCUUUGUAGUUCUCACACCAAAUGGCAUCACUUUCCUCCAAACAGAGAGCCCCAAACCCGCCUACCAGAGUCAGGGCAGCCUAAAGAAACAGCUAAAGGUAGAGGUCAAAGUUCUUGGGACUAUCCAGAUCCUGUGUGGGAUGAUGGUGUUGAGUUUGGGAAUCAUUUUGGCAUCUGCUUCCUUCUCUCCACAAUUUACCCCAGUGUUUUCCACUCUGUUGAAGGCUGCUUACCCAUUCAUAGGAGCCUUGUGUUUUGUCAGCUCUGGAUGUCUAUCAAUUAUCACAGAGAGAAAGUGCACUAAGACUUUGGUUCAGAGCAGCCUGGCUGCAAACAUUCUGAGUUCUGUAUUUGCUCUGGUGGGUUUCAUUCUCCUCUCUGUCAAACUGGCUGCUUUGGAUCCUGCCUUAUGGAAGUGUGCCUUGGACAAACAGCAUACACCAACUGAAUACUAUUAUGACCCCUAUGAAAACAACGACUGCCCCAAGGCCAAAGCUAUUCUGGUUGGAACCGUGUCUGUGAUGCUGAUUUGUACACUGCUGGAGUUCUGCCUAGCUGUGCUCGCUGCUCUGGUUUGGUGGGAACAGUCUUGCUCUGACUUCCCUGGGAGUGUGCUCUUCCUGGGGCAGAGUCAUGAGAAUGCAUACGGCAUGGCCCCAACAGCACGUUCUGACUCUAUAUAUGAAGAAUUAGUGACUUCUUAGGGGAAAAAUCCAUCAGAAAUGUGGUUUUAUGAUAAUAUAUGAAAACCAACCAAAGAAACUCAACUCAAGAAAGCAAAGUUUGGGGGCCAGCCCAGUGGCAUAGUGGUUAAGUUUGCGUGCUCAGCUUCGGCAGCCUGGGGUUUGCAGGUUCGGAUCCUGGUCGCAGACCUGCACACCGCUUGUCAAGCCAUGCUAUGGCAGUGUCCCACAUAAAGUAGAGGAAGAUGGGCACGGAUGUUAGCCCAGGGCCAAUCUUCCUCAGCAAAAAGAGGAGGAUUGCCAACAGAUGUUAGCUCAGGGCUAAUCUUCCUCAUCAAAAAAAAAGAAGAA